AUGAAUUAAGUUAUGACUUUAGGAUUGAUUUCUAAAAAGAUAAUGGAUACUUAUGCUGUUUAAGUAUUUUGUAUUAACUCUUGGGAUCAUUGUUGUUUAAUCUAUCACAAAAAGAAAAUAUUAAUAAAAUACCAUUACUUGGAGUAGAAAAUUAUCAGAUAAAUUUUAUGGUGUAAAAAAAAAUCAUAUAGAAUAUUUGACAUAUCAAUGUCUAAAAAAAAUAGAUUAUACUUUUUAUUAUGCUAAGAUUGGUUUAUAUACUUUCUAAAUUUUGAAUUUUAGAUUGUUAAUAAAGUUCAAAUGGAAUGCAAAUAAUUUACAAAUCUGUUAUUUUUAGAUCAUUUGAGUACCUUUGUAAUGGUAUAAUUUAAUUCAGUAAGUACAUUUGAAAUUCAAAUGAAAGAAAGAUUUACUAUAAUAAAUUACCAAUAAUUGAGUGGAUCUUUAGAAUGGAACAGAUAAUGUAAAUUAUUAGAUUACUUUUAUAUUUUGUACAAUUCUAAAAACAUUACAAUUUAUGAUUUAAGAACUAUUAAACAUUUAGGAACAUUAUAAUUAGGUUUAACAAUAUCAGAUGUUCAUUAUAUUAAUGAUUUAUUAUAUUUAGGAGAUGCUUAUGGAACUUUGUGGUGUUAUGAUAUUAAUGGAACACUUUAAUAUUUUCAUGAACAUGCCCAUGAUGGCCUUAUUGUAAGUCUAACUGUUUAAAAAGAUGAAUUAUUUACAGUAGCAAAUGAUCUAUUCAUUAAAGUAUGGAAAUUGAAAAAUCUUAUAUUUUGUCAAUCUUAUCCAAUCUAUCAUCAACAAAUUUAAUAUUUCAAAUUCAUAAGUUAUUCUAAAUACUUUCUGUAAUCAGCUGAUUAAUUAUACAUUUGUGAUUUAAAUCAUAUAUUGUAAGCUUAUUAUUUACACAAUUCUUCAGUAUCUGCAAUGUCUAAUUAAUGUAUUGCUUUUAAAAAUCAUGUUUAUUAUUCUAAUAAAAAUCAUAAUGUCAUAUUUACAUAGAAUUAAAUUUAUUAAGUACUCUAAAUUAUUGAUAGCCCAAAUCAACAAAAUACAUAUUAUUUACAUCUAUCAAAUUAAACUUUAGUUAAGUGGGUAGAUAAUUAAGAGACAGAAGUUCUCUAUUUUGAUAAAAUUAGAACAAUAAAUGGAGAUAAAAUAAAUUAAAAUAUAACAUAUGUAUAAAUAAUUGCUUUAACUCUUCCUUUAUAUGAUGUUGAAUUGACUAUAGAUUCAUUAGAUAAAAAUAAAAUCUCUAAAAUGUUUGAAAAUGUCGAUUAAUCUUUUUAUUUUAUGAUGGGUUGUUCCAAAGGAGCAGUUUUAUGUAUACCAUUUGAACUUUAAACAUUAAUAUAUACUCGUAUUAAUUAUAACAAAAAUGCUAUUUCAGAUAUUAUUUACUUUAAGGAUCAAUUGAUUAUUAGAAGUAUUGAUAAUGUAAUUAACUUUGUUUAGAUUGAAUAUAAUAAAACAUCUUUACUUAAAUCAAUUCAAAUUCUUAAAUUAGGUUUAAUCCAUUUAAGUAAAAAUAAAUAGUUAGUAAUUUCACAAUCAAAUGAGUUAUAUGUAUUUAAUUAUAACUUAACUGCUUAUGAAACUAAUUCAGGUCAUGAAUCUGAUAUACAAAAUAUUACUAGUAAUGAAACUAUUAUUGUGAGUAAUUCAUCUUAAUAACUUAAAAUAUGGACAAAUGAUGGAUUUUGUAUAUAUACAAUUAAUUUUCAUGUCUAAAUAGAUUAUAUCUAUUAUUUAAAUGAUGAACUUAUUACAAGUUUAAAUGGAGGACUUUGUAUUUUGCCUAUUCCAGAAUAUGAAGUAAUAAAUAUAAACACUUAAGAAUAUUCUAAAAUUCACAUCAUAGAUAUAGGAAUAACUAAAACAAAAUCAUUUUAGAAAGAAGAAUCUUUAUAAUAAUAAUAAUAAUAAUUAUAAUAAUAAUAAUAAUAAUAAUAAUAAUAAUAAUAAUUAUAAUAAUAAAAAUCAUUUAUUUAAUAAAAGUAAUUUUAAUAUAAGAAAACUUUAGAUUUACCAAAAAUUAAACUAAAAGUUUAAACACAAAUUUAUUAAGAUAAUCUUUAGACUCCAAUUAAAAUUCCUAAAAAUUAAAAACCUGUUCAUAGUAUAAGUACUCAUUUAAGCAGUUGUAAUUCUAAAGUUCCUAUAAGCUAAAGUUUUGAUUAUAGUAUACAACAUGCAUUAAAUAGCAGUUGUUUAUUACCUGCUAUACCAAAAUAAAAAGAAGAUAAAUCUUUAUUGAAUUAAUAUUUAAAUAGAAGAGUCAAAAAAGGACAACCAAAAAAUAGAAGAGAAUGGACUUUAGAUAAAAAGAUUUUGGGAAAUAUUUUAUCAUAAAUUUGA